ACAACAGUUCGUCAUUUAGCAUUCAACUUGCAAAGAUGAAGAUCGCACUCGUCCUCCUGGUCCUGACUGUCGUGGUAGCCCUGCCCGGAGCAGAUUCCUGGCGAGUAAGAAGAAUAGUUCGUGCUGUGGCUAGAACGGCGACAAGGGUUGCCCGUACUGUAGGCAGGGCUGUUGUUCGUGUCGUCGGUAAGCGAGAUAGGACUGUGGGCGACGUUGAUGAUGACGUUGAUGUCAGUGACAAGGAGAUACUGGAGGCAUUGGCAACCAGAGACGUGGAGGACCUCAUCGAGAACGGCUUCAUCUCAGGGGCAGACAAUGAUGACUUCAGUCUCCACCAACGUCAACGCAGAGAGGAUUUGGAUCACGAGGAAGAGUGAAGCGUUUCUGAAGACACCUUGGCACCAUCCCAUACCCCGGAUCCUGUUCGAAAUGUGGAAUUGGUAACAUGAAUAAAGUCAGGGCGUUAUAAA